AUGGAGAUUAUGGAAACCAAGGAGGUCAUUGCUAUAAACCAAGAUCCACAUGGUGUUCAGGCCAAGAAAGCUAGAAUGGAAGGUGAUAUCCAGGUUUGGGCAAGACCAUUGUCAGGUUACAGAGUAGUUUUGCUUUUAUUGAACCGUGGACCAACACGAUCUCCCAUUACUGCUUUUUGGGAUGAUAUUGACAUCCAUGCAAACAGCAUCGUUGAAGAGAUCUAUGGAAGGUAA